AUGGACGGGCUUCACCAUAACAAGCAGCAAAAAGACAAAGCUCGAAAAAGGGGUGCUUCACUCAAGAACAAAGGUCUGGAACUAGGCGAGCAUUGCGAAAUAUUCACUGCGGUGGCGUACUGGGAUCCAACCCAUAAGAGAAUGGAGGCGGCCAUGUUCGUCCCGAAACACCAGGCCAUUCCAGACCUCAAUGAAGUGUUUGGAAACCUCGAUUCCGAUGGUUCGUACCAUGUGAGUCGCAAAAAACGCUCGCGGGGAACGCAAAGCUCGAGCAAAAUGAAGAGGCGACGACGAGCACUCGAGCAGGCCGACACAAGCGAGGCAUACGACCCUAUUCAACCUAGACGAACUUCGCAACGACUGAAACAGAAGACUAUUAUCUCACUCAACAACGAAACGCCUCACUCGGCUACAGAACCACAAAACCAUGAGUCUUCUUCUCUAGCAGACUGCGAAUUCGAAUUGCUUGACUCGAUGCAGUCCGUGCAUGAAGCCCUUGAUAGUCACGAGAUUGCUGUCCAAUCUGUCCAGCUCGAACUCGACUCUUGGCCCGUCGCGAAUGAAACAACUUUACCAUUGACAAAGACUCAACGGUCUACCACAUCCCUUGCUAGGAAGGUCAUUCAAUUACUGGAAGAACUUGUACCGUCAACACAUUGA